AUGGCAAUUGACGCAAUGGAAAUCGACAACCUACCGCUGCGCUCAGCCGACACAGAUCGCAAGCGCAAAUCCAAAAAGGACGCAUCUACAUCCGCAUCACCAUCCAAAAAGCGAAAGCAGACCCCAUCCUCAAAAGCAACUCCACAAGUCCAAGAUUCAAAUCCCGAGUCCCCCUUCACCCUCACAACAGCAACCCUCUACCUGCCCCUCAAGCCGCCGGCAGGUCCACGCUCUUCCUCGGAUCUGAACCCGCAGCCGCUCACCCUCGCCACAACGGCGGACGAGUACGGCGUCUUGUACGUCUACCUGACCGCCACGUUCCUGGUGUUCCGGCCGAAGCGCGGACAGACCCUGGACGGAUGGGUGAAUGUGCAGUCGGAGGGAUUCCUCGGCGCUGUUGUGUUCAAUUUGUUCUCUGUUGGCGUUGAGCGCAAGCGUCUGCCCUCGAACUGGAAGUGGGUGCCGCCUGGUGAGGAGGCCGAGACGCCGGCUUUGACCGAUGACGACUCGGGCUCUGAUAAGGAUAUGGCGGAUUUCGACGCCGAGAAGGAGUGUUUCAAGCCUGCUGCGCUUUCUGCGGAGGAGAUCGCCAUUGAUGGCGAGGAGGAGGAUGAAUCUGCUCACACUGGUUACUUCCAGUCUGUUUCUGGACACCGCGUGAAUGGAUCUGUGCGCUUCCGUGUUGUUGAUGUGGAUGUCAUUCCCGGUUCUGAGCGGGAUCGUGGAUUCCUCAGUAUUGAGGGAACUAUGCUUACUGUUGAGGAGGAGGAGAAGCUCUCUGAGUCUGAGCGUCAGGGACAGUCUUUGCCGCCGUCGUUCUUCUCAUCGCCCAAGAAGCUCUCUGGAUCUAUUCCCGUGAUGGAUGUCCCGGCCGCGUCGGCGGUGCAGGAGCUCUCGACUGUGGAUGUGCAUCUUGACCCCAGCCCUAAGAAGGAGAAGAAGGAAAAGAAGGAGAAGAAGGAGAAGAAAGAGAAGAAGGACAAGACCGAGAAAACUGAAAAGACUGAAAAGAAGGAAAAGAAGUCCAAGUCUUCCAAGUCCAAGAAGAGCAAGGACGAAUAA